GCACCACAACCCAACUCACAUCUCAUCUCUUCGCUGCUGCUACUCGAAGCGCACAUAUUCCCGGAGUUAAAUCAUCGGUACACCGUCUCAGAGCAUUUUUCUCCUCACGGACAAGAUGUGCAACUCCAACGUGAAGUCCGCCGGCGUCGCUCAGAUCGACGGCCGCCCGGUGCUGCAGCCGGCGGGGAACCGCGUGGCGGCGCCUGAAGCUGCCCGGCCGCUCAAGAAGUCCCUGCAGAAGUCGCUCUCCAUGCCGGCUUCGCUCGACAAUGCUGCGGCCGCGACCACCUGCGCGGCGUCCCCCGAGAAGUCCCGCGCCGCCGACUUCGCCCGCGCUGCGGCGGCGUCUCUUCUCCCACCACCUACUCCAGCUUCGGUCAGUGCUAAGGCGACGAGGGUGUCUGGAGCCAAGGUGGCUGCCGCCAGGACUGCGGCGGCGGCUGCGGCCAUGGGGGGCUUGGACAGGAGCAGGAAGCCCGCCAAGAAGGGCGGCGCCGCCGUGCUGCCGGUGGUGACGUUCGCGGGGCUCGAGGCGUACGAGCCCGCCGGGAGCAUCGCGGCGGCGCAGCGGGAGCACGUCGCGAUGGCGCAGGCGCAGCGCAAGAUGCGGAUCGCGCACUACGGCCGCACCGCGUCCUUCUCCCGAGUCGAAGGGAAAGUCAGCGCUACCGCGACGGGUGCCGCCGAGCUCGUCGCCGGUGCCGUCACCGGGCAUGACGAGAAGCGAUGCAGCUUCAUCACUCCAUAUUCAGACCCCCUGUACGUCGCCUACCACGACGAGGAGUGGGGUGUGCCCGUGCGCGACGACGAGUUGCUGUUCGAGAUGCUCACGUUGUCCGGCGUGCAAGUCGGGGCGGACUGGACCUCGAUCCUGAAGAGGAGACACGUCUACAGGGAGGCAUUCUCCGGUUUCAACGUGGACGCUGUCGCCAAGUACACGGAGAAGCAGAUGGCAUCGCUAAGCGCCGAGUUCGGCCUGGAUUUGGGCACCAUCAGAGGCGCCGUCAACAACGCCUGCCGGAUUUCCGAGGUGAGGAGGGACUUCGGGUCGUUCAGCAAAUACGUGUGGGCGUUCGUAAACAACAAGCCGCUGUCGCCGAGCUACAAAUACAGCCGGAAGAUCCCGGUGAAGACGUCCAAGUCGGAGUCGAUCAGCAAGGACAUGGUGCGGCGCGGCUUCCGGUUCGUCGGCCCCACCGUCAUCCACUCGUUCAUGCAGGCCGUCGGGCUCACCAACGACCACCUCGUGUCAUGCCCGCGCCACCGCGUCUGCUCCUCCUCCUCCGCUUAACCGAUCUGACCAUCGCCAAAACAGUUACCGGCCAGCUCCCCGAAGGAAGCAAGGAGAAAAAACAAGAAGGAAAGAGAAAAAGUGAGAGAUGAGAUAGCCUCAAGUAGUAGUAUACAGAACGGGUAUUGAUUUGCGAGUGUGUGUAUGUGUGUGCUUGUGUAGAUUAUUGUCCCUAACUAGGCAAGAAGCUUGAUUGUCAAUUACGUACGUAUCACUUGGUGCGUGUC